AUGCUCAUCUUCGAGGGAUGCCUUUUUAUCGUGCAACUUCUGUUGUGCAUCCGUCGAGUAGAGGGACAGAACUUAACUAUACCUGAAACGUGGCAGAGCCCUACGUCCAACUUGAGCCGCGGCUCGCGCGAAAGCCUUGCGCAUGAGGCAGCACUGCCCCUUUCUACGAUAGACACAUCGGGAGACACUGGUCUACCGAGGGAACCGCGAGAUAUUACCAGUCUCUAUGCCGUUCUCGCGCUGCAGGACUACUACAGCGGGAACUCGUCAUGGCGUACCGAUGUGGUAGACAACAUGCAGGCGUACAUCGCGAGGAACAACUUCACGGGGGGCGAUGGUAUUCUUCCGCUCUACAGUGACGUCUUGUAUUGGGGACUAGCCCUGUUCUACUCUUACCGGAACGAAACUUACAACAACGCAUUCAUUACACCCGGAGACGCGGCGAGUGGUACUGGACUCGGCCGCGACGUGUCGUUCCUCCCUCCUUCCAACUGCACAGGUGGUACAUUUGCUGGUGGUGUCUUCUACAUGGACGGUUCGGACUACACAUAUGUCAACAUGAUUUCCCUCGGACCUUUCCUGUCGCUUUCCGCUUACUUAUUCGAAGAGACGAACGAAGCUCGAUAUCAGCAGGCAGCACAACUAUCCCUGAACUUCAUCCUCAACCACCUUUGGAAUGGAACGCUUGCGUACGACGGGUUAUACCUAAGCUCCUGCCAGAUCUUUCCGAAACCUUUGUCCGCCAAUCAAGCAUGGUUCAUAGAGGGUCUAUCAGUAUGGGCGAACGUGACGAAGAAUGAUACCUUGACGACACUACUCGAAGAUGUUGUAUCAAGCGUCACCAGGGUCCCAUCUUGGACGUUCGUGGGAGGCGUUGUAUAUGAUAGCAACCCUGAUGUGGACCCCAACGAUCAAAUCCUGAAGGGUAUCUACAUUCGCGGACUCGCAGAGGCCCGCAGGCGCAACCCCGGGACUGAUCUUGCGCAGUAUAUUGAGGCUUAUAUCACUGUGCAGCUCAACUACAUCUUGGACGAUGCUCGCACCGUUUUCCCGAAUGGUACCACUUCCUACUCGAUAUCGUGGACCGGUCCGGCUGCGUCGUCAUUUGUAGCCUGUGGAAACGUCGCUGCUCUGGAUGUCCUGAACGCUGCGUUCAGUCUGGUUGAGUCUUCUUCAACUUCGAGUAACUCUUCAUCCAACGGGCCCGACUCACCCGCCAGCACACCCGCUCCUGACGCGUCGACUGCUACAACCUCGCAUUCGAAUGUUGGUGCCAUUGCCGGAGGUGCGGUGGGCGGCGCGGUCGUUAUCAUCGGCGUAGCCGCGAUCUUGGCCAUUCUUCGUCGCCGAAGGCGUGCAAAAGCCGUUGGAGCCGUCCACGAAGACAGUUACGCUUUGGAUACCCACGUCGUCGAUCCUUUCAUCUCUCCCAGAGCGCGCAAUCCGCUCAUCACAUCCAAGAUGGAACGGGAGAUGAGCCAGCUCAACAGCUCGACUUCGCUGCAGACACCUCUGCCGGUUGCACCAUCGGCGUCUGAUACGAGCAGCAGUCAACCAAUAGGCGGAGAGCAACCCGGAAUGGCGGAAAUACCAAGCCUUGUUCAGCGGUUAUUAAAUGAGUUCCUUCAAGGUCGCCAGGGUGAACUCCCGCCUCGGUACGAUGAAUAA